AUGGCGCCAUCAUUGGACGAAGAGACAGCAAAAAAGGUCAUUCGUCAGGUGGAGUUUUAUUUUAGUGACAGCAACCUUCCCAGGGAUAAGUUUAUGAAGAAAACCAUUAGCGAAAGUGAUGAUGGAUUGAUAAGUUUGGCUUUGAUUUCGUCAUUUUCUCGGAUGAGAGGUCACUUGGGUUUGGGAGAAGUGAAACCUGAAGAUGUACCGGAAGAUACAAUUAAGGCCGUGGCUGAAACUCUGAGGACCUCGACUUUUCUUCGGGUUUCUGAAGAUGGUGAGGGUACAAAGGUUGGUAGACUUACUGAGCUUCCAAAACCAGAGGAGGCUAUUAAGCAAUCUGAUGAAAGAACAAUUGCGGCUUUACCCCUGGAAUAUGAUGUUAAGCUUGAAGAUGUGGAGUCAUUUUUUAGCCAGUAUGCUAAGGUUAAUAGUGUGAGGCUACCCCGACAUGUUGCUGAUAGCAGGGUUUUCUGUGGCACAGCACUUAUUGAGUUCUCAAGUGAGGAUGAUGCUGCAAACAUUUUGAAGCAGAGCCUGAGUUACUCGGGUGUUGAGCUAGAACUGAAACCAAAGAAGGAAUUUGAUGCAGAAAGAGCUAAGCAAGAGGAAGAAGCUGCAAAGACUCGUUCUCAAGCUAAUUCUAACCGCAAGGACAAGGCUAAUGCUGAACCUGACUACCCCAAAGGCUUAAUUGUUGCAUUCAAACUGAAGAAGAUCUCUGGUCAAGAUUCUACGGGACAAAAUGGUACUCACAAGUCGACUAGUAAUGACAAACCGGAUGUCUCUGAGAAAGAUGGUGAUCAAGACAAAAUGCAAGUUGCUUCUGAAGGAAUCAAAGUAGAGGGUUCGGAAGAUGUUGUGAUAGAAGAUGUGAAGGGUGAGGAAAAAACACCGGAUAAAGUUGGUGCAGAUGAUACUGAAGCUCAGGAAUCUUCAGAUGUUCAGACUGAGAAGGAGGUCCAAGGACCGGGUGAAGGCAAAAAAAACUUUGAGGCCUACAAGAACAAUAAAGAUGUUGUUAUUAGGGAGGACCUGAAAAUCAUUUUCCAGAAGUUUGGUGCGGUCAAGUUCAUCGACUUUACUAUUGGAUCAGACUCUGGUUAUGUGAGGUAUGAAGAUGCUGGAGCUGCUCAGAAGGCUCGUGCUGCUGCAGUUCUUGCUGAUGAAGGUGGUCUGACUGUGAAAAAUUACAUUGCUACUCUGGAACCCGUAACUGGUGAAGCUGAGAAGGAAUACUGGAGUUCACUACGUAACAGUCAGGAAAAGUACCGCAGUAAUUUUAAGAGCAACCGUGGAAGGGGAGGAAAGCACAACAGAGGCGGUAGGCAUUUUGGUGGGAAGCAUUCUCGAUCAAUGGAUAACUCAGCCAGUCGACCCAGUAAGGUUCAGAAAGUGAGAGCAGCAUGA